GGCGCCGGGGCUGCCGCCAGCCGCUCGGCGCGCUCUCGGGAGCCGCCUGUCCGCACGUCCCGCAGCCUUCCGGGAGGAAGCGGCGCCGGCAGCGGCAGAGGCUGCGCGCUUGGGCACCCUCACCUGCGGGCGCCGGACCGCUUCCCCAGCGGGACGCGCGUUGGGCCGGGUGCCGGACCGCCUGGCCGCGGAGGCAGAGGAAGACCCGGCGGCCCGCGCCGCAGCCCAGCAGCCCCGGAUCGUCUCGGACCCCGCGCAGGGCGCCGGCUCCAUGGCGACCGGGCUCGGGGAGCCGGUCUACGGACUUUCCGAAGACGAGGGAGAAUCCCGUAUUCUCAGAGUAAAAGUUGUUUCUGGAAUUGAUCUCGCCAAAAAGGAUAUCUUUGGAGCCAGUGAUCCAUAUGUGAAACUUUCAUUGUACGUAGCAGAUGAGAAUAGAGAACUUGCCUUGGUGCAGACAAAAACAAUUAAAAAGACGCUGAACCCAAAGUGGAAUGAAGAAUUUUAUUUUAGAGUAAACCCUUCUAAUCACAGGCUCCUGUUUGAAGUAUUUGACGAAAACAGAUUGACACGAGACGACUUCCUGGGCCAGGUGGACGUGCCCCUUAGUCACCUUCCGACAGAAGAUCCAACCAUGGAGCGACCCUAUACAUUUAAGGAUUUUCUUCUCCGCCCAAGAAGUCAUAAAUCUCGAGUGAAGGGAUUUUUGCGGCUGAAAAUGGCCUACAUGCCGAAAAAUGGAGGUCAAGAUGACGAGAACAGUGAGCAGAGGGACGACAUGGAGCAUGGGUGGGAAGUUGUUGACUCCAACGACUCGGCUUCUCAGCACCAGGAGGAGCUUCCCCCUCCCCCUUUGCCCCCAGGGUGGGAAGAGAAGGUGGACAACUUGGGACGUACUUACUAUGUCAAUCACAACAACCGGACCACGCAGUGGCACCGCCCCAGCCUAAUGGACGUGUCCUCGGAGUCGGACAAUAACAUCAGGCAGAUCAACCAGGAGGCCGCACACCGACGCUUCCGCUCUCGGAGGCACAUCAGCGAGGAUUUGGAGCCCGAGGCCUCGGAAGGCGGAGAGACCCCUGAGCCUUGGGAGACCAUUUCAGAAGAAGUGAAUAUGGCUGGAGACUCGCUUGGCCUGGCUCUGCCCCCACCGCCCUCCUCCCCAGUGUCUCGAACCAGCCCUCAGGAGCUGUCAGAGGAACUAAGCAGAAGGCUUCAGAUCACUCCAGACUCCAAUGGGGAACAGUUCAGUUCUCUGAUUCAGAGAGAGCCUUCCUCAAGGCUGCGGUCCUGCAGUGUCACCGACGCGGUUGCAGAGCAGGCCCACCUACCACCGCCAUCAGUGGCCUAUGUACAUACCACGCCGGGCCUACCUUCAGGCUGGGAAGAAAGAAAAGAUGCUAAGGGACGCACAUACUAUGUCAAUCAUAACAAUCGAACCACAACUUGGACGCGACCAAUCAUGCAGCUUGCAGAAGAUGGUGCCUCCGGAUCAGCCACAAACAGUAACAACCACCUAAUCGAGCCUCAGAUCCGCCGGCCUCGUAGCCUCAGUUCGCCAACUGUAACUUUAUCUGCCCCACUGGAGGGUGCCAAGGAUUCGCCCAUACGCCGGGCUGUGAAAGAUACCCUUUCCAAUCCACAGUCCCCACAGCCAUCACCUUACAACUCCCCCAAACCACAACACAAAGUCACACAGAGCUUCCUGCCACCGGGCUGGGAAAUGAGGAUAGCUCCCAACGGCCGGCCCUUCUUCAUUGACCAUAACACAAAGACUACGACAUGGGAAGAUCCACGCCUGAAGUUUCCAGUACACAUGCGGUCAAAGGCAUCGUUAAACCCCAAUGACCUCGGCCCUCUUCCUCCUGGUUGGGAAGAAAGAAUUCACCUGGAUGGACGGACAUUUUACAUUGAUCAUAAUAGCAAAAUUACUCAAUGGGAAGACCCAAGACUGCAGAACCCAGCCAUCACUGGCCCGGCUGUUCCAUACUCCAGAGAAUUUAAGCAGAAAUAUGACUACUUUAGGAAGAAAUUAAAGAAACCCGCUGAUAUUCCAAACAGGUUUGAAAUGAAACUACACAGAAAUAACAUAUUUGAAGAGUCCUACCGGAGAAUCAUGUCUGUAAAAAGACCUGAUGUCCUAAAAGCUAGACUGUGGAUUGAAUUUGAAUCCGAGAAAGGUCUAGACUAUGGGGGCGUGGCCAGAGAAUGGUUCUUCUUGCUGUCCAAAGAGAUGUUCAACCCCUACUACGGUCUCUUCGAGUACUCUGCAACGGACAACUACACACUUCAGAUCAAUCCCAAUUCGGGCCUCUGUAACGAAGAUCAUUUGUCCUACUUCACUUUUAUUGGGAGAGUUGCUGGUCUGGCAGUAUUUCAUGGGAAACUCUUAGAUGGUUUCUUCAUUCGACCAUUUUACAAGAUGAUGUUGGGAAAGCAGAUAACUCUGAAUGACAUGGAAUCUGUGGACAGUGAAUACUACAACUCUUUGAAGUGGAUCUUAGAAAAUGAUCCUACUGAACUGGACCUCAUGUUCUGCAUUGAUGAAGAGAACUUUGGGCAGACAUACCAAGUGGAUUUGAAACCCAAUGGGUCCGAGAUAAUGGUAACAAAUGAAAACAAAAGGGAAUAUAUUGACUUAGUCAUCCAGUGGAGAUUUGUGAACAGGGUCCAGAAGCAAAUGAACGCCUUCUUGGAGGGAUUCACAGAAUUGCUUCCAAUCGAUUUGAUUAAAAUUUUUGAUGAAAAUGAGCUGGAGUUGCUCAUGUGCGGCCUGGGUGACGUCGAUGUGAACGACUGGAGACAGCAUUCUAUUUACAAGAAUGGCUACUGCCCAAACCACCCUGUCAUUCAGUGGUUCUGGAAGGCUGUGCUUCUGAUGGAUGCAGAGAAGCGGAUCCGGUUACUGCAGUUUGUCACAGGGACAUCCCGAGUACCCAUGAAUGGAUUUGCCGAACUUUAUGGUUCCAAUGGUCCUCAGCUGUUUACAAUAGAGCAAUGGGGCAGUCCUGAAAAGCUGCCCAGAGCUCACACAUGCUUUAAUCGCCUUGACUUACCUCCAUAUGAAACCUUUGAAGAUUUACGAGAGAAGCUUCUCAUGGCCGUGGAAAACGCACAGGGAUUUGAAGGGGUGGAUUAAGGCCUUCUGACUCGGGGCUGUCCAUCAAGCAAGUUCCCCUUGCACUUUUGCAUUUGCCUAACAGACUUUUGCAGAGCAGGGGGCAGAGACCACUGCACGUGCUGUCUGAGCCCGGCCUCCACCCGGGCCCUGCCCGAGUUCAGAUGCGGGAACCCAGUCCCAGCUCGAGUUCCCACCUCUUCUACCACAAAUCCUCAACUGGUUGAUGUGUACACUAAUUACAUUUCAGGAGGACUUGUUCUAUUUAUGUUGUGCCUCUGCAGGCAAAGCCCUUAAUAAAUAUUUUGCAUACUUUCUAAUGACAAUGAAUGGAAUUAAUCACUCCACAGGUAUAGUAUUACAACUCAUGUUUACUUUUUAAAAUGAUUUAGACCGAUUUUCAGAUUUUAUUUCAUUACAAUUAAAGAUGUCUCAUGUACUU